CAGUUACCAUAACGACCAGGAGACGCUGCACCCUUGAGCUAAGAAGUGAAAGAGCUGAGGCUCCGCUAUGGAUGUACAAAUUUCACCCGAGACCAACGUGGCCGAGCUGGAGCUUGAUGCUGUGAUCGGCUUUAAUGGACACGUCCCAAAGGGUCUCAAAUGCCAUCCCGACCAGGAGCAUCUCGUCUAUCCCUUGGGCUGUACAGUCCUUAUUCAGGCCAUAAAUACUAACAAGCAGAAUUUCCUACAUGGCCAUGGUAACAAUGUCUCCUGUUUGACCAUCUCCAAGAAUGGCAAUUACAUUGCCUCUGGACAAGUCACAUUCAUGGGGUUCAAGGCAGAUAUCAUUCUGUGGGACUUUAAGAAGAGGGAGCUGAUUGCUCGGCUGUCACUGCACAAGGGAAAAAUUGAAUCACUUGCCUUUUCACCAAAUGAUCUGUACUUGGUGUCACUAGGAGGCCCAGAUGAUGGAAGUGUAGUGGUUUGGAGCGUAGCCAAGAGAGAAGCCAUCUGUGGCAGCCCUGCGGCAGGGCUCAGCGUUGGCAAUGCCACCAACGUGGUGUUCUCAAGGUGCCAGGAUGAGAUGUUUGUUACAGCUGGAAAUGGGACGAUUCGAGUAUGGGAACUGGAUCUCCCAAACAGAAAAAUCUGGCCAACUGAGUGCCAAACAGGACAGAUGAAAAGAAUAGCCAUGAGUAUUGGAAUGGCAGGUGAUGAUAGCUUUUUCUACCUCGGCACCACGACUGGGGAUAUUCUAAAAAUGAACCCAAGGACCAAACUACUGGCAGAUACUGGGCCUAUGAAGGACAAGUUUAGCUUGGGAGUGACAGCUAUCAGAUGCCUGAAAAUGGGGGGUUUGUUGGUGGGCUCUGGAGCCGGAGUGCUAGUCUUCUGCAAGAGCCCCAGCUACAAAACCAUCAAGAAAAUUCAGUUGCAGGGCGGCAUUACUUCUAUUACACUUCGAGGCGAAGGACACCAGUUUUUUGUAGGGACGGAGGAAUCUCACAUCUAUCGAGUCAACUUCAUAGAUUUCAAAGAGACUCUCAUAGCGACUUGUCACUUCGAAGCUGUCCAGGACGUUGUCUUUCCAUUUGGUACCUCUGAGCUGUUUGCCACAUGUGCCAAGAAAGACAUCAGGGUGUGGCAUACAAUGUCCAACCGGGAGCUAUUGCGAAUCACUGUGCCCAACAUGACCUGCCAUGGCAUCGACUUCAUGAGAGAUGGCAAGAGCAUCAUUUCAGCAUGGGAUGACGGAAAGAUCCGAGCCUUUGCCCCUGAGACAGGCCGACUGAUGUAUACCAUUAACAGUGCUCACAGGAUUGGUGUGACCGCCAUUGCUACCACCAGUGACUGUAAAAGGGUUAUCAGUGGCGGUGGGGAAGGAGAGGUGAGGGUGUGGCAGAUAGGCUGCCAGACUCAGAAGCUGGAGGAAGCCCUCAAGGAGCACAAGUCCUCUGUGUCCUGCAUCAGGGUGAAGAAGAACAACAAGGAGUGUGUCACUGCCAGCACUGAUGGGACAUGCAUCAUCUGGGACCUUGUGCGUCUUAGGAGGAAUCAGAUGAUCCUGGCCAACACCCUAUUCCAGUGUGUUUGUUAUCACCCUGAGGAAUUCCAGAUCAUCACCAGUGGCACAGACAGAAAGAUUGCUUACUGGGAAGUAUUUGAUGGGUCAGUAAUCAGAGAGUUGGAAGGUUCCUUGUCUGGGUCAAUCAAUGGUAUGGAUAUCACGCAGGAAGGAGUGCACUUUGUUACAGGUGGACAUGACCAUCUGGUCAAAGUCUGGGAUUAUAAUGAGGGUGAAGUGACUCACGUUGGGGUGGGACACAGUGGCAACAUCAUGGGCAUCCGGGUAAGUCCUGGAAACCAGUACAUUAUCAGCGUGAGUGCGGAUGGAGCCAUCUUGCGCUGGAAGUACCCAUUCACCUCAUGAAGCACCCGGGGCUCCGCAGCUGCCACACUGUGUCCUGUAUAGUCGUGCCCAAGACCAAGUUUGGAUUUUGGAUAACUCCAGCAUAACUAGUCUUGAUUUCUCACAUCUAUUUUUGUUCUUUAGUUAAAAUAUUUUGUCUUGAACUUUCUUCUUUCCUCUACAGAAUACAUUUUACAUUCUUAAAUUGUAUGUUGAAGUAUGUCAAGGAAUACUUUGUUCAAAAUGUAAGUUUUUGAGUUUUGUAAUAAUAAAUUCCAAUUUGCUGUCUUCUGGUCAGAAUCUCUUUUCUGUGACUCUUCAAAACCCAUAAACAUUCUUCAUGAUCUGUUACCAGAGAAUAUUGC